CAGAGAUAGAUAUAAAGGGAAGAUCAUCCAUCAACAUCAAGCAUCCCUCAACAAUCAACACCCACCAUCCCACCGCACUUCAAACCAAACCACACCCACAGUUUCUUCAAUCAAAACCAGAAUGAAACUCUCCAUCCUCUCCGUCCUAACCCUCAGCCUCGCCGCUGGCACCCUCGCCGCGCCCACCCAAGUCGCAGAGCGCGACCUCCCAACCAUCAGAGGCGUGCUGUCCGGGAUCGGCACCAAGGUCGACGCGCUGGGAACGGCCAUCCAAGCCUACGGCGGCGGCGACGUGGCCAAGGUGCAGCAGGCGUCGGACAACCUGGUGACGGCGAUCAACAGCGGCAACGCGCAGGUCAGCGGCACGGGGGCGCUCAGCUCCGGCGACGCGCUGGGCCUACCGGGCCCCGUCAACGACCUCAAGAACAAGAUCGCCGCCGUCAUCACCAAGCUCGACGGCAAGAAGUCUCUGAUUGUUCAGGCUGGCAAGGGCGCCCAGACCUACAAUGAUCUCACCCAGCAGAAGGCCGCCGCUAAGCAGCUGUCCGACACUAUUGUUUCCAAGGUGCCCCAGGAGCUGCAGGGGCUGGCGGGUACUGUUGCCGGUGGCAUAACGGAUGCGAUCGACACGGGUGUGAAGGAUUUUGCGGAUCAGGCGCCGAAGAGUAAGCGCGGGAUUGAUGCGGGCGCUGUUGUGGUUUGAGGAGUGUGUGGGGGUUUGUUGGAUCCCUUGAGAUUAAGGUAGUUCUCUGAGUGUUUGCUGGCCUGGUGCUUUGCAAAGGAGUGAUGUCUUUAGAGAGAUGAUGUGUGGAGGGAUGUUGUGGAUGAAUUGGUUUGGAUAUAGAUGAAAUGAAGUGCUUAUGGC